CUGAAAUUGGAAUAUUUCUGAUUUUAAAUAAUAUUAAAAAUCACGCAAGUAUUUAAAAAAACUGACCAAAAUCGGAGCUGUUGCUGAGAAUUAAGAAGUUUGGUCGAUUUUUAGGCUUCAUUGACUCGACAAUAAGCGCAACAGACUUAUGUUUUGAAAAAAUCGUGUACCAAUAUGCGAUGUGUUGCGAAGUCGUAGGUAAUGAUGCAUAAUUUAGGGUUCUUUAUCAGCAAUUUUCAAAUUACGAAACUGUGAAUGUUUUCCAUUAUAUCUGAUAAUAUAAUUAACUACAAGAACCUAUAUGUAUAGUUACGAAACUACGAAUGUUUUCCAUUGUAUCUGUAAGUUAGAAAUAGAUAAUUGUUUUACAUAUUUGGACGAUAAUAUAGUUAACAUCCUACCAAUUUCAAACAAAACUGAUAUUAAGUGAGAACGGUUUUGCUGCUCCAUACAAAUUUUGAAGAAACUGUUAUAUAAGUAUAACAAUGAAAAUUAGUGUAGUUAGAAACUCGUGGCUCCAAAUUUUAGCUGCAUUUACUGGUAGUAUUGGAACAAUUAAUGACGGAAUGCAAUACGGAUGGUCGGCUCCUAUUAUACCAAAACUACGUCAAGAAGAUAGUCCAAUAAAAAUAUCAAAAGGCGAUGAAGGAUUAAUAGAAAACGUCUACAUGGUAGGCGGUAUUUUCGGUAUAUUAGCUAUAGCCAUUUACACAAAGUUUAUGGGUAGAAAACCAAUUAUAAUAUUAGCAGCAAUAAAACAUUUAGUAGCAUGGACAUUAAUCGCUACUACUAAGAAAAUAGAAGUCCUCUAUUUAGCACGAUUUAUCGCUGGUGCCGCUGGGAACAUUACGUUUGUUUCCUUACCAAUCUACAUUGCAGAAAUAGCAGACGAGAGUAUUCGAGGAUUUUUAGGAACAUUCUUCUAUAUUAAUAUGCAUGUAGGAAUAUUAAUAAUAUAUUUUAUUGCACCGUUUACAUCUAUAGUAAUUUCAUCAUCUGUUGGAAUAGCAUGUGUUAUUCUUCAGGUAGUAACUUUUAGUUUCAUGCCGGAAACUCCGUAUUAUCAUAUAAAUAAAGGAAACCAAAAAGCUGCCCUAAACUCUCUACAAAUCUUUCGCAGAAAGGAUGAUGUUUAUGACGAACUUAAAGAUAUAACGAACGCUGUACAAAGGCAGGAAUCAGAAAAAAGACGAAUAACUGAUGUAUUCAUGGUCAAAAGUAACCUCAAAGCAUUUACAAUAGCAGCCGCGCUCGUAUUAGCGCAACAUUUCAGUGGAAUAAGCGUUUUCAUAAUGAAUCUGCAUGUAAUAUUAGAAGAUGCGGAGUCUGUGGUUUCUCCAACCGUAGCCCCCAUAAUAGUAGCUGUAACUAUGUUAUUUGCUUGCAUUGCAGCAUCAUUUCUUGUGGAUAGAUUAGGUCGAAAAAUACUUUUAGUAAGCUCCAGUAUACUGACAGGCUUGUCUCUUGCGGUUUUAGCAAUUUAUUUUUAUGUAAAGAACACAGGGGGUGAUAUUUCCCACGUAAGUUGGAUACCGCUAGCGUCAGUUACAUUAUAUUUCUUAUUUAACAAAUUUGGCAUUGGAUUGGUGCCAAUUGUCCUUUUUGGGGAAUUAUUCCCCACCAGUAUCAAAACGAUGACAAUGGCAACCUUAGAUAUUUGGUUUAGUAUACUUGCGCUUGCGUCAAUUUGCAUGUUCAUGGAAUUCAAAUCGUUGUAUGGAAUGCACGUCCCGUUCUUUAUUUUUGCAGGACUGUGCUUAGUAACUGCAUUAUUCUGUCAAUUUUUCAUACCUGAAACCAAAGGUAAAACGUUAGAAGAAAUUCAAAUGAUGCUGAAGGGUUUGUGACUAUUCAAAUACUUCGUUAUAAUUUAAAAAAAUUCUUUCAAAUGCUGUAUGACCUUCAUUCCUGCAGUGAAACUCAGUGGUUCAGCAAUUUUCCUUCGUUACAGAGGAUUUAUAUUAUAGAGGAUGUGUAUUUCAAGUGUGCCUAGUAUUAUUUCAUCCGAAACUGUAAGAGCUUAAACAUCGCUUAAAUUAGACAAAAUGGGCAGUUCUUAAUUUGGUCUAAAGUGUUUCCAAGUUUUACUUAGUAUGAUGUACAGAGGUUUUUCUAACAGUUGCCUAAAAUUUCGAUACGUUCUUCGAGAUACAACUAGUAAGUUUCUUUUUUUUAAGACGGGUCUGGAUUUUUUAUUAACACUCGAAAACAUAUUUUAUUAUCUUGGGCUAAUACUUCUUAGGGGGCUUUCCAAUUACUCAAAUAAUUGCCUUUUUGUUAACUGUUGCCUUUAACAAUGUAUGUAUACGGUAUAGGAAAAAAUAAUAAUAAGUUCCGAGAAUAACAAAGUCAAUUUGACCCAAUUUCUUACCUUAGUGUGUAAUUCGUAUAGUUUUUUACAAUUUUACAGUUUUAUACACAAAUUUGGGAUUUUUCACUAGCGUGUAUCAGGUAAUUUUUCCGGCUGUACUGAUGAGCAUUUGUUACCUUUUGCAUAUAAUACUUGCGGUAUGUAUUUAUUUACAAUAACCUAUCGAAACUAUAACCUUACUGUAAUAUAUGUAAUAUAUAAUACAUAAGUUUGCCAUCAUGGAAAGCAUGUCACACUGAUAGGAUUUUUUUAUAAAACUUUGUGUAUUAUAAUAACGAAAACAUGUACAGAAUUUAUUAAAUGUUCUACUGAAACAUUAAAGUUGCAUAUCACUCGA